UUCUGAUCCCGAUUCAGGAAAUGACACAGCGCCAUCUUCGUGAAGGUCAACAAUGGCUCGUCGGUUGCUGAGGAAAUUAAUUGUCGAUCUGCCGGCUCGGCCGCAGGCUGAUAAAGCAGUUUUAUCCAGAAACUUUUCAUCAGAGAGUCGUCUGGUGACUAUGAUUCCUGGAGAUGGGAUUGGACCUGAGAUCUCUGAUUCUGUCAAACAAAUAUUCAGUGCUGCUGGGGCCCCUAUUGACUGGGAAGAUGUUGAUGUUACACCAGUAAAAGGCCCUGAUGGCAAUUUCCGUCUUCCUCAGAAGAUUUUUGAGUCCAUGGAUAAAACCAAAGUUGGUCUGAAAGGUCCAUUAGCUACACCUGUGGGAAAAGGUCAUCAGUCCCUCAACUUGGCCCUACGAAAAGCCUUUAAGCUGUAUGCCAAUGUUCGUCCCUGUAAAUCCAUUGAAGGAUACCAGACUCCUUAUACAGAUGUGAAUUUGGUCACCAUUAGGGAGAACACAGAAGGGGAAUACAGUGGUAUAGAACAUGAGGUUGUAGAUGGUGUUGUACAAAGUAUAAAACUGAUCACAGAGGAUGCCUCUAGACGUGUGGCAGAGUACGCAUUUAAAUAUGCUCGUGACAACAACAGGGACACCGUCACAGCUGUGCAUAAAGCUAAUAUCAUGAGAAUGUCAGAUGGUUUAUUCCUCAAGUGUUGCCGGCAGGUGGCAGAGAGCAACAAGGAUAUCCGCUUCAGGGAGAUGUAUCUUGACACUGUCUGUUUAAAUAUGGUCCAAGAUCCAACUCAAUUUGAUGUUCUGGUAAUGCCAAACUUGUAUGGAGAUAUUCUCAGUGAUCUGUGUGCUGGUCUGAUUGGCGGACUAGGAGUGACACCCAGCGGUAACAUUGGAGAACAUGGUGCCAUCUUUGAGUCGGUCCAUGGUACAGCCCCUGACAUCGCCGGCCAGAACAAAGCGAAUCCUACUGCCCUCCUCCUCAGUUCUGUAAUGAUGCUGCGGUACAUGGGUCUAUCAUCGUACGGCGACAGGAUAGAAACGGCCGCCUUUGAUGUGAUAAGAGAGGGCAAGGCUCUGACAGGUGAUCUUGGAGGAUCGGCAACUUGCUCAGAUCUGACAGAAGCCAUCUGCGAGAAAGUGCAGGCUUCAGGUUAAAAAGUGCAACAUAAGAAGUUAUUUAUGAAAUUGUGUAUGAUUUACUACACAACAUUGCUUCGUCCUUAUCUUUUUUCAAACUUUUAAGUUCAUCAUCAAUCCUAAUGAAUUAUAACUUUUUUGAAUGUUUUGAUAAAAAACUGCAAAUAUAUAAAGCAAUUAUUUUCUUAUCGGAGAGAAUGAAAUGCUUGUUAAAUGGGUGAGUUAUAGUUAUAUUAAAGAAAAGAAAAAGAAAACGGGUAAAAUUUUACUUUUGUUUGUCGUCAGUAUUCUUCUCGUUCCUCUUUACUCCUUGCAGACCAAAUAGCAUACAUAUACAUGUAGAUUGGAUAUUAGAAUACCCGUCUUGUUCAGUGAAUGAAUUUUCUUAAUUUAUUUUAUUAAAUCUUGCUGUGUGCUAUUUCAUUAGGAAUACAGUUGUGAAACAUUUAUUUACCUGUAUCCUGUCACAGUUCAUAAGUUUAAAAUGGUUUUAAACCAAAAAUUGAUGGAACAUGAAAUAGAUUACCAGUAAUCAACCCCAGGUAUCUAUGGAUCAAAGUCAAUAAGAUAGGACCACAUACAUGUGCUUGAAGGGUCUACUUUGGAAAAUUACCUACAUCUUGUGUUAUUGUUUAUAAAGAUAUUUAAUUUAUUGCACACAGCAGAUUUAAUACCUUGUAUUGGUACUUAGUGUUAUUAUUUUGUCAAAUACAUGUACUAGUUUUGUGUCCCCAAACUCCCAAAGUUUAUGUUGUUUUUUAAUAAACCUGAAGAUCUGAGACAUGUAUUUGAUACAUUAAAUGUUGUUACCAGUUUGUGUAGUGUCUGCAGUAAUGUGUCAAAUAAAUAUAAGUUAAACAUAUUUAUAGAAAACAGGGACUUGAUUUUAUAUUUUGUGAUCUGCUUUUUUUGGUUCAAUUCAUCCCAUGUUCACUCGUAGUAUGUCUUACAUAUUAAAUACAUGUUUAUUAAAUGAUGCUUGAAAACACAACUAAUGAUAGAACUUGUGGGAACAUGUCACAGGAGGAACUACAAUGUAUCUGAAAUAUUUUAAGUACUGCAAGAUUUCUUCACAAAAACAUUAAAAGUAAAAGUUUAGACAUAAAAAAAAAAAAUGAAAAUUGUAUGGAGUUUCGAAACCAUUGUCGGAGCACUUUGCACUUACCAUCUUAAUAUUCCGUUACUGUUACAGCUGUAUGAUGUAAAAAGUGAAUUUCCUUUGCAAUUUUCUUUUUCAAACAAAACAUUACCAGGUAAAUUAAUUGGUAUCUGACAAUUGGAAAUAUUUUUUUAUUCAAUUUUCAAAUAAAUUAUCAAUUUUUUGUUACCCUAAAAUAUAGUUGCAAAUAUAUCAUAUCAACAACUAUCAUAUCUACAUGUAUUAAAUAUAUGACACAACUGAAACAAUUAACCCUUAUGUAUUUAGAUCUAUAAAAAAUAAUUCUAUGGCCAUAUACAAUAUUUACCAUACACAAUGUAUUACAGUUCUAAGAUGUGUUCAUAUGUAAACCUCGUGUAAGAUAUGUACACAAUUAAUACUCAGAUAAGUUCACUGUUUAUCUGUAUGAUAUCACAGAGGUACUACAAUGCAUAAUGUUAUGUAAGAUACAUGUAGCAAUAUCUGUGAAUACUGAUCAAUUUGUUGCCAUUAUUUUGAUAUGGAUAUAGAGGCAGAUUUUCGCAUGCUAUCCAUUUUUACUUAACUAGCAAAAAAUAUAAGUUUUCAAAUGUAAGUGACUUGUGCACCAUUACUGUAUAAAUUUAAAAAAAAUUUAAAGACAGUAGAAAAUGGUUUCUUGUGUUUACACACGAUAUUUGUCAUGUCUUGUCCAGCAAUGUUGUCUUUAGAGGACCUCAGCUGCCAAAGUUAGAAUAUUGGUGAGGUGGUGAUGAUGUAAGUGUAGUAAUUGUGUGGUUCUGGUUAUCAACCGUUAAAUAUGGGAGAGUUUUAAUUAUGUUGGAUAUCACAUUUUAUGUUUAUCGGUUAUUGUAAAGUUAUUUUGCAAUAUUUUAUAAGUUGAACAUGUUUAUUAGAUCUCCUCUUGAAUAAAAAAUCCUUGGUAGUAAA